AUGCAAAGAUUUCUAUCAUCAAUAGGUGAAGUGUUAGCACCUACCUAUCAUUCCGAUUUAGAUGAUCUCAAGAACCAUUGGAGAUCAAUAAAAACUUUCUAUAUCGAUAAAAAUUAUGAUAUUGAGAGUUUCCAUGAAUUACAGUUACCUGGUCAUAUUAUAUCGAUGGUAUCACUUUUGAUAGAGGAAAAUAAAUCUGGUGAUGCCGGUCCAUGUUUGGAAUUCUUUUUAAAGAAUAGAAUAUUGGAAACUCUUUGUUUAUUAGGUGAAAGAGAUACUCCAACAGGUGUUAGAAAAUUGGUAUUACAAACUACUACUAUUUUACUAAGUGAUUUGUCAUUGCCAUUGCUACCACAUAUGAGUGUGCACAAGCCAAUAUGUAGGUUGAUAAGAGCGAUCAUUACAACUAGAGAACAACAGCAGCAUCAGCUAUUCAGGAAACAACAGCAGCAACAACAGAAUAUACACUUGACAAACGAGCUGAAUAGAUUAGUACCUGGACUGGCAUCGCUUCAGCAACAACAACAGCAAUCGAAUGACGACAGUGAGUUUGUCAACCUUCUCGAGGUACUAACGAAACAACUAAAGAUGUAUCCAACACUACUUGGAUUCUUCCAGGAUGUGGAGUAUCCGUAUGGUGCGCAUUUCAUUGUUUAUCAAGGACUGCUCCAUCAUCUCUGGACGGUGGGAUCGGUUGGCGAGCGUGCCAGAAAAGCUCUGGUUCAGUGUCUAGAGUUGAUGCCUGCGACCAGCAUCACCACGGAACUACUCCAAGCGAAUCAUGCACGUGACAAGUUUAAAGAGGGAUUGAUCGAUUCUCUUGAGCAACUACAGCAACAGCAGCAGAGUGUCAACUCCAAUGGUAUCAAUCCAAAGACUAGCCACAACACAUCACCUACACUCUCACCGAUUUCACCAACACCUCUAUCGCCAUUGAAACAAUCACAGGAUGACAAGAUUGACUUUAUUGCCGCCGAUCCACUGGCACUUUUGAAUCACAUCAAUUUCAUUAACAUACAAAUGACAGAGUUACUCAAGAUAUACAAACUGUUACCACCCACAAUAGCCUCGAUUAACUAUUGUAAAUCAGGUCCACCCAUUGCACCCGAAAACCUAUCAAUACUAGAGAACUACAAGACAAGAGUAUCUUUUUGUUGUUCAUUAUCAACUGUUAAACAUAAUGAUAUUGGUGAAUAUAUAACUAAACUUUGGGAGGAUCUAUUUAUUACAGAUACACUGGGACCAGCAUUAUUACAUACAGAUGAUGUUCAUUGUGCCACAGCAAUGUUGUAUCUACGUGAAAUCCUAUCAUUACUUCAUGGUCCAAUCGCACAGAAAAUAAUUACAUUCCUUGUUGGUGAUCUAAUUAAACCGACAGACUAUAGAAAACAACUAUUGUCAUCAUCCGAUAACAAUAAUAAUAAUAAUAACAGCAGCAUUACAGAUGACGAUAUAGAUGACAAUAUUAUUAGAUCUACUUUAAUUAAGAGAAUAUCACAUCCAAAUUAUAUUGUAUCGUUAUCAUGUUUAAGAUUAUUUUCAACAUUGAUAGGUUUACAUAAUUUCGUAGUCAUUUAUAAUUUGAUAUUGGUGAAUUUACCACCUCCAUCACCUGAGAACACCAGAUUCUCCUAUCAAAACUUUGCAACAUUACAGCAGGCACAAAAGUCAAUCACCAACUAUCUGACUUUGUUUGGAAAUCGAUAUACCAACAUCCCAUCGCACGGAACUGAAACUGGAUUAACAGAUAUCUUUCAAAACAAGACAUCUUCACAGACAAACGGCUACUCUGCCUAUCUGGUCGAUGCCAGAUAUCAGGUAUCACUCUACAGUUCGGCAUGUGCUCAGUGGCCACCCAAUUUCCUCUUUAUAACAAAGGAGGUAUAUAACAAUACAGUAGCAAUCACUUUAAAUUCAUUUAAACCAACAACACCAUCAAAUAACACCAACCAACUACAAAAGUCAAAUAGUGAUAAUGUAAAUUUAUCUUCACCACCAACAACAACAUCAUCAUCAAACUCAAUAUCAUCACCCUUAUCACUAUCUUCAUCAUCCUCUUCUCCAGUACCAGCAGUAGCUAGCACUCAACAACAAAACAAUGAUUUCAAUAACAGCAACAACAAUAAUAAUAACAAUAGUAAUACUCAACAACAGCAACAUCAAAUUGGGCCAUUCUUAGAAGAAAUAUUCAAACUAGUUAGAAAUAUGGUCAAUCUACCAAUCGAUCUAAACUUUAUAAUUACUGGAAUUCUAUCGAAACUCUGUUACUAUCCAUGUCCUCAACUCUAUCCUUAUUUAGUUCAUUGUCCGCUUAGCACCAUGUCACCGAUCAUUUCAUCACAACAACUACAACAGCAAGAGGAUGAAACUUCAAGCUCUCUCUCACAACUAUCAUUAUACUCUAUUUUGUUAAAUUUGUCUGAACAAAUUGAAGAGAAAUCACAAUCGUUUAAUUCAUUCAAUGAGAUACUGGACCAAUUCAGAAUAUUUAUGACAGACAUUACCAACAUUAAUGAUGAUAACAAAUUCCCACCAAAUUCAAUUCUCUCAACACUGAACCAAAAAAAUAUUGAUUUUCUCAAUUCUGUUAUUAUUAUUGAAGAAUUUUGUAAAGAAUUAGCUUCCAUUAUUCAAGCAAGAGUCGUAUUCUCCAAUAACUAUUAA